AUGCAGCCAUCCUAUGCUGCUGAGUAUCCAAUAGCAGAUAAUUCUCAUACUUUUUAUGGUGGAAUGCUAAAUUGUCUUGGGAGUUGUGUUGGUUUUAUUGGCUCAAUUCCUGUUUGUCCAUGCCCCAGUCCUUAUAAAAAAAUUGAACAAGGCCAUGUUGGAUUAAUUACUCAAUUUGGUAAAUUUUAUAAAAUCGUUGAUCCCGGUUUGAUUAAAGUAAAUCUGUUCACCGAACAUGUUCAUAAAGUCGAUGUUAAGAUCCAAAUCACAGAAAUUCCACAUCAAUAUAUUAUGACAAAGGAUAAUGUAUAUGUUGAAAUUUUUUCUGUUAUCUAUUGGCAUGUAGUUGACCCUUAUCAAACAAUGUUUGGUAUUGCGAAUGUUCGUAAAGCUCUUAUUGAACGUACUCAAACCACGCUUCGCCAAACUCUUGGUGCACGUAUUCUUCAAGACUGUAUUGAAAAUCGGGAUGCAAUUGCUUUUGAAAUUAAAGAAACUAUCGAUGAACCUGCUAAUAGAUGGGGUGUAAAAGUUGAAAGUAUCUUAAUUAAAGAUAUAGUGUUUUCUAAGGAAUUACAAGAAUCUCUUUCAACAGCUGCUCAACAAAAGAGAAUUGGUGAGAGUAAAGUUAUUGCCGCGCAAGCUGAAGUUGAUGCUGCUAAAUUAAUGAAACAGGCUGCUGAACUUCUAAAUUCACCAGCUGCUAUGCAAAUUCGAUAUCUUGAAACAAUGUCAUCGAUGUCCAAAGCUUCAGGAACUAAAGUUAUUUUUAUGCCAUAUAGUACAAAUGAUUGUUCUAAUAAAAAUCUUGAUCUUAUUAAAGCUUCUGUUUAUGAACAAAUUGCCGAUCAAAAAAAUUAG